CUCUACGGCUGGGAGUUUUUGGAGCAUGCCUACCUCUACCACCUGACCAGGAGAGAUACCCGUCAUAACUUCUCUCCCUAUUUCUACAUGUUGUACUUAACUGCAGAGAGCAGAUGGAGUUUUGCCCUUGGGCUCGCAGCUUUCUUGCCCCAGCUGCUUUUGCUCCUGGUUGUGUCCAUAGCAUUUUACAGAGACCUUGCCUUCUGUUGUUUCCUACACACUGCUAUUUUUGUGAGUUUUAACAAAGUGUGCACAUCCCAGUACUUUGUCUGGUAUCUCUGCCUUUUACCCCUCGUAAUGCCUAGUGUUAAGAUGUCCUGGCAUCGUGGUGUACUCCUCCUCUUUCUGUGGUUUGUUGGACAAGGCCUGUGGCUUGCUCCUGCGUACUUUCUGGAGUUUAAAGGAUAUAAUACUUUUUUACUUAUCUGGUUGGCAGGCUUACUUUUCCUUUUUAUUAACAGCUUCAUACUCGUUCAGAUUAUUUCACAUUAUCAAAAAGAAGCACAAGUUGCAAAAAAACUCAAACAACAGUAA